GCGCGCGCCGCCCGUCAGCGUCAGCGGAUGUCGCCGCCCGCCUUACGUUCAUGCAGCGCGUGCUACGUCAUGACCGUCCUACUGCCAAACAUGGCGGAUUUCGACACUAUCUAUGAACUGGACGAAGACGACGAGCGGGUAGUAAGCGACGAGCACCUGCCCAGAUACUGCCCUGAACCGGUGGUUAUGCGGGGAGCCGGCCACAUCACUGUGUUUGGCCUAAGCAACAAAUUUGAUGCCGAAUUCCCUUCUGUUCUCACAGGAAAGGUGGCCCCCGAGGAGUUCAAGGCGAGCAUGGGCCGAGUGAACACGUGCCUGAGGAAGAACCUGCCUGUCAACGUCAAGUGGCUGCUGUGCGGCUGCCUGUGCUGUUGCUGCACUGUGGGCUGCAGUCUCUGGCCCGUCAUCUGCCUCAACAAGAGGACAAGAAGAUCCAUUCAGAAGUUGUUAGAAUGGGAAAACAACCGGUUAUAUCACAAGCUGGGGCUGCACUGGAAACUUAGCAAGAGGAAAUGUGAGAGCAGCAACAUGAUGGAAUAUGUAAUUCUUAUAGAAUUCCUGCCCAAAUAUCCUAUAUUCAGACCAGACUGAAGAUGUGGAUGGGAAAUGCCAGUGUAUGACUCUGCAUUCCUACACUUAGUGCCUUGUAGACGUGUUGGACCGACGGUCUGCGCUGCUGUGUCGUGACAACUCACCACAAACCCCCCCACCCAACUGUAGAAUUGCAACACCGUCACCUUGCUUUAGGGCAGAUUUUGCACAUAUACCUUGCGUAAUGAGGCUCUUUUGUUGUUCCUGGACAACCCUUUUUUAAUUUACAAAAAGAGCAGGUAAGGUAACUCUCUGAAGUGAACCUUAACGGUCCCGACGCCCGUGAUGUGCGCAGGGAGGAGAGAGCGUGCUACAGCGCAGAGUCUGAAGGAAGCAGUGGCGUUCCCGGAACACUUUGUAGAAGCCAGCUAGCGUUCCUGUGGCUGAAAACAGACACUAUACCUCCUCCUUUACCUUAACGCCUGUUGUCAUUAUCAGAGUUAGGCGAUUGUUCUCUGAAGGAACCCUGCACAAGAUUCUUACGUAUUUGCCUUAUGAAAGAAUGCAGUGAUGAGGUUCGGUUUAACCGUAAAGUUUAGGAGGGCGGCGAUCAGUAGUGAAGUUCUUGCAUUGUUACGUUUUUCUUUCUUCCCACCUUCAGCUAAAAUAUAAUACCACUGACGCAUGAUUUUUGCAUAGUAUAUCUGCGGCAACAUUUUCUCCUGCAUUUUUAAAAUGACCUUGUAAUACAGUCAAGUUCACACUAGCCUAUAUAAAUACUGCUUUAGGUUAAAAAAAAUGUACAGUGUUAUGCUAUUGUUUACAAAAUGUAAUAUAGGUCUUGAUAUGUUGCCAAGAUAUCGAUGUACAGUACAUCUAUGAAAGAUUUCUAUGUAACCUUUCUGCAUAAAUGAAGCUGUUUACCUAGUAAGCCAUAUUGUACGUAGAUAAUGCCAGAGUCCAUCCAGAGACCUUCACAGUAGCAUGGGAAAGGACAAGAGUUUCUAAAUGCCAUCUUACCAAAAUCGGUCCCCUCCUAUCUACUGUGACCUGUGCUGACAGCACUGAUGUAAAUGAAAUGGUUUGCCAACCAAGGAAAAAAUGUCACACUUGGUUUUAUUAAUGUUGCUACUUUUCGAGAUACAUUUCACUCACUAUACAGCAUGACCGCGUGAUAAUGACCGGCCUGGUUCUCAUCCUCAGCCAGUGUUAAAGGGAAAAUUCCCCAAACUGUAAAGAUCUCCAUCAUCUUUUCAGCAGAAAGUGGCACUGAUCCCAUUGGUGUUUAAUAACAAGCCCUUGUUGUUUAUUUCCCUGCCACUUGCAUCACAGCUAUUAAUUUAAUUUAAAGUCCCAUUUAAAUUUCAGCGUGUCCUUUAGUACGACGGAGCUGGUGACUGGAAGGAACCACUAAGAACCUGUCAGAUCAAAAUGGCCAGAAAAAUGACCUGGGAGGAAGAAAAAAAAAAUACACUUUUGGGCGGAAUUCCCCUUUAAUCUCCUUCACAGGUGAAAGUCAUAUGUUCAGCUGAAAAAAACUUCUUUUUUUUUUACCUGCUAAUUUGAAGGUGUAGUUCAGCUGUUCUCCCCCUCACAGAUGUACCUGCAGGUGUAGUGAUUUAUUUUGUCACAUGGACCUCUCGGGGCACAGAGGUUACCCAUUACCUUAGGGCUGCUCGGAGAUGUCCUACAUUAUGGGUGUCUCCAAAGGUCAGUGUGAAAGAGUAGCUGUGCUCCGUUAAUGUAGGUGAGCAGCAAAACAUUUCAGCGGUUAUGACUGUGAUUCACAAUCUCUGUAGUGUAUUUUCUGUAAUAGAGGACUUGUGCCCGUUUUCCAAAUCCUUAUGAAAUUAAGGAGAACUGGAAUAAACUGUUUACUCCAAACCCUUA